AACUGAACAGUCCCGUCAGUGUCGUGCAGCACAGUGGGAGGAGUGCAACACAGCAUUGCUCGGGGUCAUGUCCAAGUCACUGCACUCGCCGACAGCGCGGCUGCUGCAGUCGUCGCGACUCUUCUCCCUCCCUCGCCCUCUUCCUCCGGCCACAUUGGAUCCUGCCACCGCAUCGGGCCUCUACAGGGCAUCAGAGACGGCCACGCUCCCUUAUCCCACGCACCAGGCCAUUGCCACGCCCGCUUCAUCGCACUUUCGUGGAGACUGGGGACUGAAGCGACCGAUUCCGCGAAAGACAACGGCUCGCAGCUCGACGCCUGUGAUCCGCAUUCGAGCGCAGGACAACACCCAGCAUAUUACCGAGUUUGAGAGUGCCGCAGACCACGUCCUCACCGAGGCAAAAUGGAGACAAAUGGGCAUUCCGAUCAUGAACAAGAACGCACGAACGACCUUUUCCGGCGAUGGUCAAUCGCCGCAAAGCGUCUACGAUGACAACCUGGACAUCACAGACCCCGACGCCGUGGAUGCACUCCAGAGGACCCCGCGCAGACUACGACAAGGCUCUAUGGCUGGCAUGACUGAGAAGAUAAACCAGAGGUGGAAGUUUGACGGACCAUGGAUACCGGGCAUGCAGGAGAGCGAAUUUGACGAGUACAUCUCCAGCAAGCUCAGCAGGAGAAAGGCCGAGUUCCGCCAGUUCCUGAUGAAGCGGAUACUGGAACGGCGCAUACGUGACGAGGAGAGGGCCAACCGUGAGAAGGGCGAGGGCACAUCAAUCGACACAGCUCGCAUUGAAGAGCUGCGCAAGGAAGUCGAGGAGAACUACGAGAACGAGGAAAAGAAGAUGCGAGAUGAUCAUGUGGUACAGAACUUGGGUUCGGAGCUCACUGCAGCUAUAUGCGACUUUCUCGAUCUACCAGGCAUCCGGUUCAAUCGCCAAAACUUCGCUCAAUCGCCACUCCUCCGAGAUCAAAUCAGCAGCCUGACAGCCUCCCAAGGACCACCUUCCACCCAUCCCGGUGCCGGUCUCUCUCACCUGCGCACGGACGCCUUCAUGGAAAACCAUCCUUAUUGGGGACCUCAAGCCUUCCGUGCUCCAGUCAAAGCCCGUGUCCUGAGCCCUCGAACCAAUGCGAUGUACGCCGGUGCCCAAGCUCAGAUCGGCGUGGGAGGUGUUGUCACCAAUGAUGCGAUCAGCUCUACCAUGAGUGCUCCCGACCGAACACAAGUCAAGCCAGAAUAUAGCGAAGAAGAAAGAGAAGAACACUAUCUCGACGCGAACCGCAUGGUCACGGCCUUGGACGAGAACUUGCUGGGGGGGAAUAAAAUCUGGGUGCACCCCAAGACGGCUCAUAUUGACGAAGCAGGACGAAUCAGGCUUGACGUGACCCGAGGUGACAAAGAGGCUAUUGCCGUGAAGAGGGACCGGGUGGAGGCCAUUCAUGAAGCGAAGAGGCAGUCAUUCGCCAGUGCUGCGCAGACAGCAUACCUGCGCCGGCCUGCACCGGGUCAAGAAGCGAAUUAUGGCUACAGUCUGCCUGAUACGAGACUGGCAAGGUCGCCAUCGAGGGUGAAGGGAUUUGAUGAAGAGUUGGGCCGGAGUCCUAAUCAGGAUCCGAUGGAUAGCGCACAGGCCGCCAAGGUGGUUCAGGAGUUGGUCUAUGGAACUACAUAUAGGAGGUAGUGUGCAAAGGGGCCUGCCUCCCUGGGCGGUAGAUGAGAAGAGUCUUGACAAUGGACUCCUGUAGUUCUACAUAUAUGCAUGUACGUGG